AUGCCUAAAGCAGAAAAAGAAGUUCAGAUCGCGCACAAUGGCAGUAGAAUCGCUGCCGUGCAUGGCUUUUCGACCAUCGAUGGACAGCGUCUUGAACAAGCGCUGCGUACGUCUGCAAAGGUUAUCGCCCCAACACCCAUCGGAAAGGAGCGCAACAAGCUCUAUGCCUCGCACAAAGACCAGAUCUUGGCUCAAUUUCAAGGUCAAUGGGACUGGUCCAAAACCUCUCAGAAAUGGGUGAUGAGCUCAAUAAGCAAGGUGCUCUCCAACUAUCUCUUUGAUUACAACAAANAGCAUACCACACCCACACCCAAGACAGUGCCCAAGGCCAAGUCAACCAAGAAGAACGACGCUCCCAAGCCGGAUGCCAGUCAGCCGAAGAACUAUGUGCCUUACAUCAAGGAAGAAAACGUCCCUAUUCAGUCUCGAGGACCUCCACGUACAUUCACAGCUGUCAACAAANAGUCGCCAUCACCAGGUGACCAGCUGGUCUUCGAGUCGCCUUUUGACAAGCCGAAAUAUCCAACCGAUUCGGUCCAGCCAUCCACGGAGCACUCUCCGACGGAACCAAGAUCUGACGACGCAGCCCAGUCCCGGCCAAAACUGGCCGACAUCAUUCUUGUGGUCUAUCCAAGCUCGUCAGAUCCUUGGAAUCGCGAGAUGUUUUCUUUUCCACUUUGGCGCUGUCAGGUGCCAGUCAAUGGAAGAGAUGCGGCGCCAGAGUCCCUCCGGGACUGGCGGGAUUUGUCGUUCGAUGACUUCUUGAGACAACUCAAGUCAGAACAAGCGCUUACCUCGGAAGAGAUGAUUGUCUGGUCGGAAUUCAGUCAUGUCGUCACCAGUGACAUGACGUUCGCGAGUGCUGUCCAGGAGCAACUCUUCGAUGCGUCCCUCAAUGGCACUGCUCCUAAUGAAGCGACCUUCGCCAUCGUUGGCAGUAAGUUGCUUGCUCUACUCUUAAGUUUUAGCUGCUAA